CUUACAAAUAGCUAUUAUUUUAUAGUUCCUAGUCUAUUAUGAUUGCUAGAAGACUCGGGAGUGCAAAGAUAGAUUUUUUCUCGACAAUUCUAACUCGUUUUUUAAUUUUUAGAAGGUAAAUUUUCGUUAUUUAAUUAAGAAUGUCAAAUGCUCUGAUCCCUCUGAUCUAACGAAAUUUUUCUUAUCGCAACGCAAUAUCAAUUCUUAUCUAACAUUCUCAUGAACAAUGAACGUGAUAACUGAAUUAUGCUGAUAAACUAACGAUAGUAGGUAAAAUUCAAUUGCUUUGAAAACCAGGAUUUGUUCUUCACAUUUUAUGCAAAAAAAAGAGAUGCAAAAAGUUGAGAGAGAUUAAAUAUGAGGCCAUUGACUUAAAGCUCAAGGAAGCGAAAGAUUUUUGUGCCUUGGAUUUACAAAUUAAAAUUCGGAAAAUGGAUCAAAAAAGAGGAUAUUUGAGAAUUAAGGAUAAAAAUUACUUUUACAAUUAAGAGGAUUUUUUUCUGUCAAGAUGCGGGAACGAUUUAAUUCCCUGGAAAUUAACCAGGGCUCUGAUGAGAAUUAAUUGAAUUAAAUUUUGGAAGAAAUUUUGAAUUGAAUUUAAUUUCAUUAUUGAGAAUAUAAAAAAGAGAGAAAAAAUGAGGAUUACUUGAAGGUGAUGCAACUUCCAAAUGGUAUACCGGCUUUGUUUUUUAAAACUGAAUGAUUCAUUAUCAAGAAUUAUUUUUCUAAAGAGGAAUAAUUGUCAUCUUGUGUUUUCCGUGUUUCUCAAAAUAUAUUGAGACUAUGUCUUUUUACAGUUAUUUUCAUAAUUUUCAUAGGUGAAAGUAACGUCGUCAAUUAAGUAUUAUAGUGAAUGCUUUUAGUUUUGUGCACUAUGUAAAAAAAAGGAAGGUGGACAUCGCUGUGUUUUUUUUUAAAUCUUAGUGAAUUAAUAUUGCAACAGUCAAUAUGUCUUUUCUAUCAAACUUGAAGAAAGCACUCCACUUUGGUGGCAAUGACGCGAAGAAGAAAAAACUUUACAACAACAUCAGAAUGGAUUGCGAUCCAGAGGAAUUUUGGGAAAUGGUUGGAGAAUUGGGAGGCGGCGCUUUUGGAAUUGUGUAUAAGGCACAGCAAAAACAAACGCAUCAGCUGGCUGCUGCAAAGAUGUGUGCACUUGAUGGCGAAGAUGAUUUAAGUGACUUUAUGAUUGAAAUAGACAUAUUGUCAGAAUGUAAGCAUCCAAAUGUAGUCGAACUAUAUGAGGCGUUCUUCACAGAAGGCAAAUUAUGGAUGUUAAUUGAAUACUGUGAUGGUGGCGCAGUGGAUUCAAUAAUGGUUGAAUUGGAAAAACCAUUAACCGAACCACAAAUAUCUUACGUUUGUCAAAAUAUGACCAAAGGUCUGGCAUUUUUGCACAAAUCCAAAGUUAUACAUAGGGAUCUUAAAGCGGGCAAUGUUUUAUUGACAAUGCAAGGCGGUAUUAAAAUAGCUGAUUUUGGGGUCUCGGCUAAAAAUAAACAAACCCUACAGAAACAUGAUACUUUUAUUGGUACGCCCUAUUGGAUGGCGCCAGAAGUGGUUUUAUGUGAAACGUUUAGGGACAAUCCAUACGAUUUUAAAGUGGAUAUUUGGUCUCUAGGUAUAACUUUAAUAGAAUUCGCACAAAUGGAACCGCCAAAUCACGAAAUGUCCCCAAUGCGAGUUCUAUUAAAAAUUCAAAAAAGCGAUCCACCAAAGCUUGAUCAACCUGGCAAAUGGAGUAAAGAAUUUAAUGAUUUCAUUGCCAAGGCUCUUAUCAAAGAUCCCGCUUCAAGACCGACGUCGGAAGAAUUACUUAAGCAUUCGUUUAUUAAUCGAACAUUGGAUUCAAAACCGAUUAGGGAUUUAUUAUUGGAGUAUAAGGCUGAUGUUGUGGAAGAAGAACUCGUCGACGAAGAAGCUGAGGAGCAGCGCACGUCACAGCUUCCACUGGAACUGGAUCAACUCGGAGAUGACUCUGCAUCUGUACGCAGUGACAUUGACGUUAAAGUUAACGAUAAAGAAACGACAAUUGCACCACCCGUAUCUGUUAAGAAGGAAGAAAGCAACAAACGAGAAAUUACUCGCGAUGGCGAGAAAGAAGAAAGAAAUAAGAAAAUACGAAAGACUGAUUCUAAGGAAAAUAUUCCAUUGUCAGUUGAAAAGAAACAGGCACCAAAGCCGCCAGCUACGGGUGAGACAAAUGAAAGAAGACUGUCCAGGGAAAAAGGACCUGCACCACCUCCGCCACCGUUGCCACGUCAAGAUAGUAAAAAUGACGAGAAGGAAAAUGUCCCGAAAAUCGAGAUAACAGAUCGUCCAAAGUCGAUAGUUGAUGAUAAGUUACAAAACAAAAGUACAAUGCAAAAUCAUAACAAAGAAGAAUCGUCGAAUCUCAAUGGCGAGAGUCAAAAAGCAAUUGAGAAGAAUAUUCUAGUGGAUAAUUCGGAGAAAGUGAAAUCGCCAAAAGUUGAGGAAAAGGCAAGUAAUCAUGAAAAGAAGAAUGUUGACAUUAGACCAAAAUCAGCGGAAGACAAAAGACACUCGGGAAGUAAGAAUAAAAUGAGUAUUGAGGAGAAGAGAAAAUCUGCACCAGUACGUCCUUUAUCGAGUGAUGAAUGGAAGAAGCCUGUUUUAAAUAAACAAUGUUCCUUGGAAGAGAAAAACAGACUUGAACGAAAACCAUCAAUCGAAAAUAGUAAAAGUAUUCAGGAGAAACGUCGAUCAGUGGAGGAAAAAUUGAAUGCCAUGUUGGAGAGGCAAAUAUCAAUGGAUGUUGGAAAAAGAAUUAAUGAUUCUAUUGCCGAAAGUACGAAGCAACCACCAAAAACGCGAAAUCCCACCUUUUCGGAAAAGAGUUCUGUGAAAGCAAGUUCCACGGGGGAUAUUAAGAAGAAUUCGGAAAUUCGUGAAGAUCUCGAAAAAUGGCGUAGCGAAAAUUCGUCCAGAAAUGAUUCUUACGAAAAUGUCUCGAAACCUAGUCGUGAAAGUCCGUCAGGGCAGCGCACAAGGGACAGGAGGGCUUCUGGUUCUGCGGUUAAUGUCGCGGUUAUCACAUCAACGCCACAUAGAAGCAAAAGUGUCACGAGAACUGGAAGUGGAGAUAAUAUUGUUGUUAUUACUGGAAAAUCGCCUAUCGAUCAGGAAGUGCGUCUAAACACGUCAACAGUAAGGAUCACGACUGAAACUCCAGAUCCAUCGAACAGCCUCGCAAGUAAUGUGAGUCAAGUGACAGUGGUUACGACUCAUCCACCAGUUCUCGUUGACGCAACAUCAUCGCCGCCACCGAGACAUUCCUCGCCAACGUCAGAGGUUGUCAUCGUCGCUAACGAGACAAAUAAAACCCAAGUCAACGAGAGUUCAACUGACGAUGACGGAUUCCCUAGUCUCGAUAGUUUGGAGUACACACCGCAGGAACAGUCAAUUGUUAUCACGGACGCAAGUAAGAAAAUCGGUAAAAAACUAGACGAAUCCGAAGUCAUCAUAGUCAGUCCAAUAGUGGACGAGUUACAGGAUACUAGUCACGUUUCAGUGGUUACAGUCGGCGACGAACAAGAGCAAGUGAAAGAUUCAUCCGUCAAUCGAACAGGUUCAUCAUUAAGUGAUCUCAGUUCAACCGGAAGAUCAAGCACCAAGAGUGACAGUGGCGAUGAAACAAGUAAAACCUCCAUAAUAACUGCGAGUUCAAAAAUCGAUGCUUCCGAAGUUGACGAUUCCGGACGUAAAGCGCCCGUUAAAAUGAACGGACAACUCAAGAAUAAUCAACCAUCACAAGUGAAUAGACUUCCAAAAUUGCAAAAACAAAUUGAAACCAAUCUCAAAACACAAAAAGAAAAACGUGUCUCUCCCGAUAGUUACGAAGGUUCUCGAUCGCACAGCGAUUCAGGCUCGACACGAUCCUACACACCAAGUAAGAGUGUCGAUCGUUCCGACGCCGAAUCAAUCUCAACAACCAUCAGUCAAGACAGUCGCGGUUCAAACAAAGAAAAUCACAUCGGUCGUGAAUCCCGUCAAUCAUCCGAAAUCGACGACGAAGUUGUUCUUCGUCGCAAACCCGAAUACAAUCGCGACGUUCCGCGAACAACCCGAACAAAGGAAGACAUACAAAUGAUGAAUCUAAAGAAAAAGACCCGAAAGCGAACAAGAAAAUUCGAAAUUGACGGUGUUGUUGUCACAACAACAACAUCGCGUGUCAUUUACGGUGACGAUGAAAAUGGAAGAGUUUACGACGAUCAAAUAUUCCGCAAACAAGAACUACGAGAAUUAAAAAUGCUACAGAAAAUGGAACAAAAACAAUUUCAAGAUCUCUCGCAGAAAGCACAAUGCUACAAGGAUCAGCAAGAGAAACGUUUCGAGCAAGAGAGACAAUUAUUAGAACGUGGAGCCGAGGCCGAUUUAGAAAUGCUCGCCCGUCAACAAAGACAGCAAAUCGAACGCGCCGAAACACAGCAAGAAGCCGAUUUGAGGUUAGCAUCGAAAAAAAUCCGCAGCGAACAGGAACGUGAAUUAAAGCAAUUCCGCGAGGGACUGAAACAAGAUUUGAGACUGAUUAAACAAGAGGUUGACCUAAUGCCCAAAGAGAAGCGAAAGAACGCCUUUAAGGUACGUAAGGAAAAACUCGAAGCUGAACACGAGGAUCGUGAGAAAUUAUUCCUCGAGAAAUUAAACGAAAAUCAUGAAAUGUCACUACGACGAUUAUCAGACAGUCACAGGGAGAAAAUUGCCCUAAUGGAGCGUCAAUUCCUUCAACAAAAACAACAAUUAAUGAGAGCGCGAGAGGCUGCAAUUUGGGAAUUGGAAGAACGUCAAAUACACGAGAGACAACAAUUACUAAAGAAACAAUUAAAAGACAUAUUUUUCCUUCAACGACAUCAAAUGUUAAUUCGACACGAGAAAGAAUUGGAACAAAUGAAACGGAUGAAUCUUCGAAAGGAGGAGGAAUUAAUAAAACGACAGACAAUUGAACGGAGAAAUUUACCAAAACGAAUUCGCAAUGAAAUGAAAGCAAGGGAAAUGAUGUUUAGAGAGUCGAUGAGAAUUUCCAUAACGUCGACGACGCCGGAUCCAGACGCCGAGAGGGAUAAAUUGAAGAAAUUCCAGGAGAAUGAGAAGAAAAGGUAUCGUGCGGAGCAACAGCGUUUUGAAUUAAAACACGCCCGACAACUCGAGGAAGUUAAGGCUCAAUGCGAUGCGAAUAUUAAGGAACUGGAACAACUGCAGAAUGAAAAGAGAAAAAUGCUGAUGGAGCAUGAGACAAUGAAAUUGAAGGAGCAAGAAGAGGCGUAUACCAAGGAGUUGAGAGAGUGGAAGACUCUAUUGAAACCACGUAAACAGAAAUUAGAGGCGGAGCUGACAACAGAAAUGGAAGCAUUGGAGACUCAUUACCGCGGCUAUUUGCCUUCUCGUCUUAGCGGCUUCUAUCUUACUACCUUUGACUACUCAACACUUUCAUUGCCCGGUACCUUGAAACGUUCCUCCACACAAAUUCCACAUUCCACUCCAAAUUCGCCUUCUUCAUUUAGCAUACCCCGUGUGAGUUUGAGAACCAGUGGUUCAGACACAAGUUCAUUGAGCAGCACGCUCUCUAGAAGAUAUUCUAAAUCAGACCUUGUUCCAUCUCCUCCUCGUAGUUAGUCAAAUUUUUUUUCUGUUUAUCUCUGUUCCAUGCAUCUUAUUCGUUAUCUUGUUCAUCAUACAUGCUUUUUCUGUUUGUCUAUUAGAAAAAAAUUAUUUUCGUCAUCGAUUUUUUGCUUUUUUGCAUAAUUAAUUUUUUUCCAGAAAUUAUUCCGAAAAAAAAAUUCUCAUCUAACAGAGUAAGUCUCGUUGGGGGGUUGUAUGCUGAGUCCUUGUAUUUUUUAGUCUUGUUUCUCUAGAUUUGAAUACAAAAGAUGUCAAUUUUUCGAAAAUUUUCUUUUUAAAAAAAAAUCUCUGAAUUUAAUUUUUUAAUUUUGUUUCUAACAGGAAUUACGAAAUAUCAUUUUAUUUUAUAGUAAAGAAACAAAUUUAAUUUGAUUUAAUCGCUUGGUUUUUUUUUUAUUUUCUUCGCUUGAUUUUUUAUUAAUUAUAAAUUGUUCAUAAUUUAGUGCAAAUUUCUAGAAUAUUUUUUAAGACACUUUUUUCUUAAUAUUUAAUUACCUAAUUAUAAUAAUGUUUAAUUAAUCGUGGUAUAUUUUGUACCUUUGUAAUUAAGUAAUUUUCGUAGUUAAGUACCUCAGAAUUGUCGUCAAUUUUUUCAGAAAUUCGAAAUUAUUUCGUGUAAUUUCUGAAGUAUUAUGUAGUUUAUUUGUCCGUCCGUCACUACAUUCCAUUUUUUUUUGUGGUCAAUGUCACAGGUAGUGUCAAUAAAUUUUUUUUUUAAAUUAUGUUUGUAGUGCCAUAAACAUUCCAAUUGUUGGUUUGUUGAAAAUGUUAUCGAAAAAAAGUCAUUAUACCUAUAAAGGGAUAUGUACCUUGUACUAAUAGAGAAAAAAAAGGUAAAUUUGUUUUUAUUGUUUAUUAUCAUUUUGUUUGUUGUUGCUUUUACGUAUCAAAUAAACGCUUCAUUUUGAUUAUA